AUGGGGAGAGGAAAGAUAGAGAUAAAGAGGAUAGAGAACUCAAGUAACAGGCAAGUCACAUACUCAAAGAGAAGGAAUGGGAUCAUGAAGAAGGCUAAGGAGAUCACUGUUCUCUGUGAUGCUAAUGUCUCUCUUGUUAUCUAUGCUAGCUCUGGCAAGAUGCAUGAGUACUGUAGCCCUUCCACUAAGUUGAUUGAUAUCUUGGAUCGAUACCAAAAGCAGUCUGGGAAGAGGUUGUGGGAUGCUAAGCAUGAGAAUCUCAGCAAUGAACUCGACAGAAUCAAGAAAGAGAAUGACAGGAUGCAGAUUGAGCUGAGGCAACUGAAGGGGGAAGACAUAACAUCUUUGCACUACAAAGAGCUAAUGGCCAUAGAGGAAGCACUCGACAACGGGCUUGAUAGCAUUGGUGAAAAACUGAGGGAAAUUGUCAAGAUGAAAGAGAAGAAUGACAAAAUGCUGGAGGAAGAGAACAAGCACCUCAAGUACUUGCUGCAUCAACAAGAGAUGGCUAUGGAUGAUAAUGUGAGAGCUGAAAUGGAGAAAACAUAUCAGCAGAGAGAAUUCCAGCCCCAGAUGAGUUUUCCCUUCCGCGUGCAGCCAAGUCAGCCAAAUUUACAGGAGAGGUUUUGGAAUUGUUGA